ACGGUUAAUUGAUGAAGAGUAUACUCUGUGCAUGGUAGAAGUUAGCUUCAUUUCAAUUUGAAAAGUUGUGCUUGUAGGUUGUCUCAAAAUGACAACAAAGCAUAUAUUGUCAUUGUCCAAAACAGAGUUUAAAAAUUUUAUAGACUCUAUUGAUGUAGUUUUAUCAGACUGUGAUGGUGUACUAUGGAAGGAAACAGAAGUAAUAAAGAAUUCACCUGAAACGGUAAAUAAAUUCAAAGAAUUGGGCAAAAGAUUCUUUUACAUAACAAAUAAUAAUACUAAAACAAGAUCUGAAUUUGUAGAAAAAUGUAAGGAUUUCAAAUAUGAUGCAACAGUUGAUGAAAUAGUAUGCACCUCAUUUUUGGCUGCUGUAUAUCUUAAAGAAAAAAAAUUUGAUAAAAAGGCAUAUAUAGUUGGUAAUGAUGGCAUUAGUAAGGAACUUGAAGCUGAAGGUAUCAAACAUUGUGGUGUUGGGCUGGAUCUGAUGGAAGGUGAUGAAGUAGAAAUGGUAAAAGAUUUUAAACCAGAUCCAGAAGUUGGAGCAGUUGUUGUGGGUUUUGAUAAACAUUUUAGUUUACCUAAGCUUGUAAAAGCUGCCACUUAUUUACGAGAUCCAAGUGUUCAUUUUAUAGGGACGAAUUGUGAUACAGAGAGACCUUCACCAAAUGAUAACAAAUUUCCAGGAACUGGUUGCUUCAUAAAGACUAUAGAAGCAGCAUCCAAUAGGUCAGCAGUGAUGCUAGGAAAACCAGAAUCUUUUGUGAGUGAAUAUGUUAUAAAAAAAUAUGGUUUAAAUCCUCAAAGAACACUCAUGAUUGGUGACAAUUGCAGUACUGAUAUUCUUCUUGGAAAACGUUGUGGAUUUAAAACUCUUCUCGUAUUAACGGGUAUUACAACGCAAAAUGAUAUAGAUGUAAUGAACGCGUCCAACGCAAAUUCCAAAAAUUUGAUAGUUCCAGAUUAUUAUGCAAAUGAGUUAGGUGAUGUAAUAAAAAUGAUCACAUCAUCUUGA